AAGCCGGGAACCACGACCUAGUCUACAAUACAAGCUGAUCCUGUGGAGCCAACGCAGGACCUGCAAAGUGUAACCUGGUGGGGUAAUGAACCCACAGAAAGUGCACGUUUCUCGGGUCUGGAGCAAGGAGGCAAGCCCAGGGCCCAGCCUAAUACACGGGCGAAAAAAAGACUCAGAAACACUGGAACAAUGCUCCACAUUUUUCGCUAUUAAAUUCCGCCUUCUCUUAACAGUUGGAGUAAUCCGGAAGUAGAGAACCAGCUUUUUUCCAAAGAGGGACACCUCAUUACUUCUCUAAUGGCAGAUUCGUCAAAAUAUGUGUAAGCCAAGGAAACCCAGAGAGACGUCUGGCUCAGGAAAGUCGACGCCAAGGCAGUCCUGGGAUCUCUCCCGUUGCGUUCUUGCCUUAGGCGUCUCCGGCGGCCGGAGAGGGGCCGGGCCUCAGUGUCCAAAGUGCGGCGGUGAAACGCGCAUGCGGGCAGCCCUUCCGGCUCCGGGGCGCGGGGCAGGAACGGCGCAGGCGCAUGGGCGGAAAGAUGGCGGCUGGAUUUAAAACCGUGGAACCUCUGGAGUAUUACAGGAGAUUUCUGAAAGAGAACUGCCGUCCUGAUGGAAGGGAACUUGGUGAAUUCAGAACCACAACUGUCAACAUAGGUUCAAUUAGUACUGCAGAUGGUUCUGCCUUAGUGAAGCUGGGAAAUACUACAGUAAUUUGUGGAGUUAAAGCGGAAUUUGCGGCACCACCAACAGAUGCCCCUGAUAAAGGGUAUGUUGUUCCUAAUGUGGAUCUACCACCCCUGUGUUCAUCAAGAUUUCGGUCUGGACCUCCUGGAGAAGAGGCCCAAGUGGCUAGCCAAUUCAUUGCAGAUGUCAUUGAAAAUUCACAGAUAAUUCAGAAAGAAGAUUUAUGCAUAUCUCCAGGAAAGCUUGCUUGGGUCCUAUACUGUGAUCUCAUUUGCCUUGACUAUGAUGGAAACAUUUUGGAUGCCUGCACAUUUGCUUUAUUAGCAGCUUUAAAAAAUGUACAGUUGCCUGAAGUUACUAUAAAUGAAGAAACUGCUUUAGCAGAAGUUAAUUUAAAGAAGAAAAGUUAUUUGAGUAUUAGAACUCAUCCAGUUGCAACUUCCUUUGCUGUGUUUGAUGACACUCUGCUCAUAGUUGACCCUACUGGAGAGGAGGAACACCUGGCAACUGGAACCUUAACAAUAGUAAUGGACGAGGAAGGCAAGCUCUGCUGUUUGCACAAACCAGGUGGAAGUGGGCUGACUGGAGCUAAACUUCAGGACUGUAUGAGCCGAGCAGUUACAAGGCACAAAGAAGUAAAAAAGCUGAUGGAUGAAGUAAUUAAGAGUAUGAAACCCAAAUAAACAGCCACCAUGUUUUCAAAACAGAUUUGUAAAAAUUGUAUUUGUUACAUUGUGCACAAAUCUUUUAUACUAAAUAAAUACCAAACUACAUUCUUCUGAAA